AUGUACAGAAACAGAAGACGGAGAGGAAACAAUGACCAAGGGAUCACUGGUCCCAACUCUGCAUUAACUCAGUUUUUAAGAGAAGAAGGUAUUAGUGCAGAAACUAUUAGACAGAGAUGGCUUGAAACUAAUGGUAUAAAUACUGAAGAAGUUGUUAAGGAGGAAGUCGAAGAGAAAGUCGAAGAGGUCGUUGUGGUAAAACGAGAAACAAAAAAGAAUACCAUUAAAUCAAAAAGGAAAACUGAAUUUUCUGACGAGUCUUCUGAUGAAUUAUCUAGUGAAGAUGACGGUGCUCAAUAUAGAAGGAGACUGAAUAUAAUUUCAAAAGAUAGUGACGAAGAAGAGUAUGAAGAUGAUGACACAUCAGUUGCUUCCUCAUUGAUUCAAUCACCACCCCGUAAGUCAGCAAGAUUAAACCCAAAUGAUCCUAACGUUCUGAAAAGACAACAAGAAGUAUUGAAAACACGUAAGAGAAGAAGAGUAAGAGCAGUAAAUAUACUAAACAAAAAGACGUUUUCCGUUCCUAGUUUACAAUAUUUAUGUAUCACCAAUAUUAGUAAGAAUAUUUUGAGAAUACAAAUGGAAUCUGAGGAAAACGAAACGGACAAUUCACCUUCUGUAAUUUAUUCUCGAGUAAGAAAAACGUUAGGUGGUAUUUCGUUAGAUAAUUUGACAAAUUUAUCAAACGCACUAUCAAAAAAUAGAUCAUUAAAUGAUCAAACACUACAAUUAUUUUUGAGAACAGAUUUACAAAGUUUAACUUUCCAUGAUUGCUCCAAAAUUUCAUUUGAUGGCUAUAAGUCACUGGCCAUAUUUUCUCCCAAUAUUAGUCAUUUGUCAUUACAAAUGUGUGGACAGUUGAAUAAUGAAUCUUUACUAUAUAUAGCAGAAAAACUUCCCAAUCUAAUUUCCCUAAAAUUAGAUGGACCUUUUCUAAUCAAUGAAGAUACAUGGAAAGAAUUUUUCCAAGCUAUGAAAGGAAGAUUACAAGAAUUCCACAUAUCGAAUACUCAUAGGUUUAAUGAUUCAUCGCUGCAAAGUUUACUGACCAACUGUGCUUCAUCUUUAGUGUCUUUGGGAUUUUCAAGGCUAGAUACAUUAUCCAACUACUCACUUCUACCACAAUAUUUGAACAAUAAAGAGUUUCAUACUUUAUCUAUACAAUAUCCGUACAAUGAACAAGAUGUAGAUGAUGAAGUGAUUAUCAAUUUACUGGGGCAGGUUGGCUCAACGAUUAAACAUAUAAACUUGAAUGGAUGCCAGAAUUUAACCGAUUCAGUUUUACUUAAUGGGUUUUGUGCAUUAUUGAAUGGCAAUAAAGGAAUAGAAAGUUUAUCUUUCUCUGAAUUAGAUCAGAUUACUGAUGAUGGGCUAAUUUAUUUUUUUUCUCAAGUUUCUUUACCUAAUUUAAAAGACUGUAACCUUCAAAGAUGUUUGAAAAUUGGAGAUAUGGCUAUAAUGGAAUUAGUUUUGAAUGAAGCAAAAUCAUCCCUUUUACACCUGAACUUAAAUUCUUUAAAGGAACUCUCAUCUGCUGUCUUUGAAGCCAUGUCAUUUCCAAAUCUAGAAACUCUUAAUAUUGGGUUCAUACCUUGUAUCGAUGAUGCUACAAUAGAAACUAUUCAAAAACAAAAUGAAAAGUUAAAAAUCAUUGAAGUUUUUGGCGACAAUAAGAUCAGUGCCACUGCAGAAGUGAAAAAGGGUGUCACAUUAAUAGGUAGACAAAGUGAUAAUAUCUAA